AAACCUCCCGCCCUUUUGGUCGUGGUCACAAAAGAAAGGUCAAUAGAUCAUCAUUCAAGGAUUAUGACAGGCUGCUUACAAGAGAAGAAAGAAAGUAAGUUAGUUACAAAGAAAGGAGCAUUUAAAAUACAAAGUAGGUACAAAUUUAAAAAGGAAUGCAAAGUCUCUUGUAUGCCAUUUUGAUAGUUAACCUAAGGAUCAUGGUUACAUAAUUUUUAUCUUGUGCUUUUAUGAAACUUACUUGAUUACUGGUAAUUUCAAGAACCUCUCGCCACUUGGAACAUCACAAAAAGAUGAAAAAAUAAGAUGAUAACUUAUGUUAUGAGUGGAUUUUCUCUUCCAAAUUGUUAAAGUAACAAUUGAUGGUCAACUUACGUUCUGAUGACUUUGUGGUUCUCUGUCUAACAGAAAAAAUAUAAGAAGAUCAAACAGCAGUUUUUUGAUAAAUAAUCUCCUUACCAGGAAAAAAAUGAUAACAAAGGAAGUAGAGGAAAGAUGGCCACGGGGAAGCGCCUUACCAAUUUACAGAAAUAAGGCAGAUGCUAUCCAAAUAGACAAGUUUAUGGCAAAAUUAGUCUAAGAUGACACCCGUCUUUUUCCUAAGUGUGGAUGUCGUGAAGAAGCAGUCCUGGAAACAGUUUUACAUAAAAUCAGGGUGCAGAGGCGCCAGCAGAAAGAAAAACCCCUUACCAGUGAAGAAGUGCUGUCAACAGACAGUGUAUCUGAGUCAACCGAGUCAGCCGAGUCCAGUAGUUAAAAUCCACCAACUUACGCAUCUCAGUUGCAACGUGUGCAGAAAGCGUAAAACCUUUAUUUUGAUGAAGGUGUGGGAAUUACAGAAGUUAUUACCGCCAAUAAUUGACCUCCAUUUUUUUUUCUUGAUCUGGAGAACCAAGAACUAUACUUAAAAGUUAAAAGUAGCUUGUGAUAAGAUAUAGCAAGGUUAAUUUUGUUAUGUUUUCAAACCUUAAUGUGGGAUGGGUUUGUAAAACAUGGUUUCAGGAUAAAAUUUUUGUUUUAAAUAUGGGGGCCAGAAAAUGUCCAUGUAAGGUCAUUGCAAAUUCUAGGGGGGGGAGGUGGAGUUUGAAGGAAAGUUUGAUGUAUGAACUGGAAUUUCUGGUAGGGUUUGGAGAUUCAAACUUACAACCUUCCUUAGGAGAGGUAUGGAUAUCUCCUAGAGCACCACGCUAAUGACAAUUUUUUGCUGCCAAGAAUGCAUUCUUCAAGGUCAGAACAGAUAAGGGAACUUGUCACAACGACUUGUUCUCACGCCUUGUUGCUGUACAAACUGAGUUACUUCUCCCCUGGUGUUUUCCAACCUCAUGAAUCAGUGAAACAAAUUUAGUAGGUAAAAAUUACGAUAAAGAAGGAUUUAUUUGCCUGUGCUUGGUUAUAAAAUGUAUCAUUAGAUUGUCAUUGGUCUGCUUGUGAAAAAGGGGCCUAUCCAAUGUUCUCAAUUAGCAUUUGAAUGGUCAAGUGGCCUGGUUUGAGUAUCUACUGUGUGAAUAUAGCUUUUCUCUUAACAUUUGCUCAUUUUUAUCCUACAAAUAACUCAGACCACAGCAGAUUUAAUUGUAAUGGUGGCUCUAGGAAAACCAUCCUAAAAAGAAGCUAAGAUGGAUCAAUUACGGAGAUGAAAAAAGCCUUUUACGAGGCAAGGACAAGAUGACUCAGAGCGAUUGCAAACUCACUCCGCAAUGAGGGCCACAUUACCAUAGGUGAAUCUGAGGAGGAAAAUCAGGGUUCAGUGACUCGUUUUGAUGUUAAAGUAGUCAAGGAGAUUAUUAUGGAAGAGUCUGUAGUUAAGGACUCUUAAUUGCUGAGUAUGUACAACCUUAGAUUUAGAUGUAUGCAAGACUGUUUUUGAUAACUGGAUGUUUAAGUAGACUUUUCCUCACCAGCCAUUGCGAGGCCGGUGAUCAGAGUUGACACACUUAGCACAGCAGUUGCCGCUCAGUUGCAAAACUUAUUUCCUACUGUUUAGAAAGAGAUCAUCAUUUGGUGGGAAAUCGAACAGAGAUAAGAAGCCUCCUCCCAAGAAGACCAAAAGAGAUGUUGUGCAUAAAGCUUUGGUCCUUCUGCCUUCCCCUGAUAUCAGGUUGGUACCCACUCAUCAAAUGAAAUGGCAGAUGGAAAUACAUGUCUUCCCAGUUGACAUGUCUCUGCAAGAGGAAGAUUUCAGGGCUCAAAUCAGAGAGUUGUUCGAGAGACAAAUUUUAAAUUCAUGAAGUCCUAUUAAGAACAAAUAGUAUUACCAAAGUUAGCCAGUGGCGUGUAUUUCACUGCUUCACAUGUCCUCGCGCUUGCUAGGAAGCAUUUAUAUUCAACCAGAAAGUGAUAGCUCUACUGCCCUUUACCAUGACAUUGACAUUCCUCCCCAAGGUCCAGAUCCAUAGAGUGAAGCCCCAAGCUCAAGUUCACUUCCUGAUGAGAAAUGUGGCUCUAACACAACUGCUUCAUACCUUUCAAUUCAAUUUUCAAUUUCCCAAUUGGUAAAGAAAAUGUUGAGUGCCCUUUACAUCCUCUUACCCCCCCUCCAAAAAAAAAGCAGACUCACUAGUAAAUACCUUGUGAUAAGCAAAAAAAUGUAUUAUUGUCCUUAAUACCUGGACAUCUAACAGUAAACAACCAAUGAUGAUGAAUUAAUACAAAUUUUUGGGCUGUGACCAAAGUAUACAGUAUGAUAAAGUAAUAUUAGGACAAGAAAGUCAGAUGUAUUCAUACUUCUUUCAUUAAACCACCUCAAUGGACAACUUAAAUUUAAGGACUUGUAAUCUGAAAAUGUGCAAUUAGACAUCGGACAAUUGAAGGGGUAUCCUACACUUGUUGACUUAUCAAACCUACAAAGUAAAAACUUACGAUUUCAACCCUUUGAGCCCAACAGUCUUCACCUACUAAUAAUGGCUGAUAUUUUGAAGAGAAAGUCGAAGCUGAUCACUUAUUGGGCUUAAAUUAUACUGAAACAGUCAAUCACCGAGGAGCAAGGUCUUAUCCUAUAUAUAUGUGCAAAUCGUAAGCCCAAUGUAUCAAAUGAGCAGUUCCUAAAAAUCGAAAAUAUCUUUAAAGAUGCAAUUUAACAUUAAGUGGAACAGCUACAAGGACUCUCUCAUUGCCAUUUAGAGUUUUUAGAUCAUAAUACAGAUCAACCACAACACAAAUGCUGUUAAUCCUUGACACUAGCAUGAAUGCUCCGACACAUUCAACUUUGAAUGGGCAAACUACAAUAAAACCUUGAGUGUGGGUGGACUUUAUGUCAAUGAACAGCAGGUACAGAAAGUCUAUAGUUUCACCACUUGGGGAUCAAAUGGUCACAGAUAAACCUAUCAAUGUUAUUAUUCGUGUACAGUGUCAGCAAAACUUCCAAGAGAAACUGCGUGGUGCAAACCUAAGUAACUUAUUAAAUAUUCCAGUCGACAUCUUUGUAGCUAAGACAACCUCUCAUGGGACCUUGAAUUCAACAAUCCAUGGAAAUAAUUCUCAGAAAUCAAAAGUAAUCGUGGCACACUUGAGCGUACGAUCGUUGAAGACAAGAGAGCAUUUGAUUCAAGUGAGGAAUUUAAUGGAUGAAAAGAAGUAUGCAAUCUUAGCAAUUUCAGAAUCUUGGCUAAAUUCAAGUGUCAAAAACGCUGAGGUCGAAAUUGACGGAUACAGUUUUUCAAGACUGGACAGGCCUAGAAAACAUAAAGAAUGAAAUUGGUGGUAGGGUGUGCGUGUACAUGCGCAAGAGCUUGAAGUCUAAAGUACUUAAACACCUAUCCGGAAUAUCAGACACUGGUUUUCACCCAAUCAUGGAUGCAAGUUCAGAACAAAACGCUCAAGUCACUCUUGCUGUGCGUCACUUACAAGCCUCCUGAUUGUGAUAUUGCCUGCUUUGAAGACUUCAGGGACCGUUAUACGCAAGCGCUUGUUUAUGGCCUACCUAUUCUAGUGGUCGGAGAUCUCAACUGUGAUUUGCUCGUGAGUUCUUCUAAAUAAAAAACAUUAAACAACCUGUGUACAAGUCUGAAUAUGAAGCAGCUUAUUACCAAGCCCACGAGAGUGACAGAAACAUCUAACACUGAUUGAUGUCAUUUUUACUUCAAACCCGGCAAUAACUAUGGAUAGCGAUAUAGUGGAGACUCACAUCAGUGAUCACUAUUUAGUCUUUGCUGUGUUUAAUCUAAGGAUGCCCAAGCCACCGGCUGCUUACGUUGUCGCUAGGAGCUAUAAACACUACGAUCCUCAGAGCUUUUUGAGCGACCUUAACAAGCUCCCCUGGUAUCAAAACAUUUUCUCGGAAAUGAGAAACUGCUCCACUGCUGUAGUAAAAUAAAACUUUCCAUUUCUGCUUGUGUGGGCGCUGGCACUUCUGGUUUUGUGGCAGGACCUUCAGUAAAGACUUCCAAGUAGUUCUCAUGAACAUAAAUUCCCUCAUCAGGAUUCUCUAUCAUUUCAUCAAGGUCAGCUUUCAUUUUCUUAGCAAUUGUCUGUUUUCCAUGUAUGGCACACUGCAUCUAGUUCUUUUUGUUCACUUUUACAAAGUUUUUUCACUUAGUUAUUUUAAUUUACAAACUUUUAUAGAUAGCUGCCUAAAUUUUGUAUGAAGCAAAUUUUUGUUUCCUUUUUCUGGCUGGUAGUUGUAAUUAAGGUUUGAAGUUGUUGGUCUCAGUUCCUAGUGACUCAGUGACCAUUUUUUUAUUCAUGAUGUGUAAUACUAUAGGCACUGUCCUACACUACAAAUUUAAAAUACAAAUUACUUGGAACACUGAGAAAUAGUACAAAUGUGGAGCCGGGAGGCUAAAUAGCUGCUAAGUUUUCAAAUCAGCUUCCAGUUCACUUAAGUUGCUUAGAUUAAACAAAUGAGGGAAAACAGAACUAGACUUAAAGAAAAUAGUAACCAUGAUUAUGAUACCGAUGACAAGGUAGAUAUUAAGGCAAAUGUUCAGAGUGUUACCUAGAGAAAUUGAAGAUUUUAAGUUAUAAUAAGUCUAGAGGGAUUUUGUCAUAAAGACUACUUCCCAAAUAGACAACUGUUUGUUUUCCAGAGUUAUUGCACACUUAAGGUUUACAAAAAUUUUGUUGGGAAGCAUAUCUGGUGUUGUAUCUAUGAAUACUACCUGCAUAAUGAAAAUGGCUUUGGAAGGGAUCCACUUAGGCAGGUCUUUGUGCCAUGGAUGCAAAAACUUUUAAUCAAAUUUGUUUAUCAAUACUACAACCAUAUCCAUCUCUUAAAUCUGCAAAGGGCAUAUACAUGACUGACAAUGUAUGCAUCUAGCAUCUAGACAGCAUCUAGUUUUCUUUGUUCACAGAGAUAUUCCACACUUAAGGUUUACAUAAAUUUUUCUGAAAAUGAUUUCGGAAGGGAUCCACUUAAACAGGCCUUCGUGCUGUAGAUGCAAAACCUUUAGAUCAUUGUUUUGUUACACGUUUACUGUUAGAAUGUCUAGAAUGUUAAGCAGAUGGAGGGCGCUGUCUGUGUGGUUACGAAAUGUAUCAAUAACAGUGGGGCAAAACUACCUCGUUGUUGUUCUAAAGUGAGCAAUCAAUAAUUGCUAAGAAGAUACACAUGUAAAAUGCAUCUUCUGCUCUUCUUUGUUUACCAGCGUUUCGUUGGCAGUGUGGCUGUCACUUGGGAUUGAGAUUGAUAGAAUAUUCCAAGCUUAAUCACGAUUAUUCUCUUGAGGAAAAUGGUAAGUAAGUUGGCUCAACUCUUGCAUCCCCAGCACCUGGAUAAGUCAUGUAAAAUACCAUCUUUCUUUCGUUGUAGUUUGAACCUCUCAAUACCUGGCUAAUUAAUAAGUUGAUAAAGGAUAAUGUUAAGUGGGAAGACAGUAUUAAAAGGAAAAAUGGCAAUUUUGCAAAUCCUGAAAAGUUUCCCUCAAAAACUAACAGAACUUCUUAUAAAGGUUUUUUAUAAGUAAAUAGUGAUUGAAAUAAAAUAUUCUGAAGGAUGGGAUCUUUUGGCUGGGUUGAGUGAAGAGUACUAUAUGUGGUAGUGGGGGCAGAUGGUGCACCAUUUGGCAAGAAUGACACAGUCACCGCAUAUUUAGCUUGCUUUCUCAACCUGCUGAACAGAGUACAAAGUUGUAAUGAUAAUCAUUUACUCCUCGGUGCCAACUGUGAAGAAGAUCAUCCACUCAUGAAAUCUUACUCAAAUCACCUAAAGGAAGAAAUGGAACAGAUUGAAGGGUAG